AUGCGUUUACUACUGAAUCGUCAGAUUGGAUGUACCUCAUUUGAAGAUAUUCGAACUGUUGACGGUCAUGUUUAUAAUUCUUAUCGAGAGGCCUGUGCUGCAUUAGGAUUGCUUGCUAAUGAUCGACAAUUUAUCGAUCUUAUUAGCGAGAUUGUUGUGGUUGGUUCGGGAUCUAGCAUUCGCAAGGUGUUCACUAGCUUGCUGCUAACUUCAUGUAUGAGCGACCCUUUAAACGUGUGGAAUCAAACUUGGCAUAUUCUUUCUGAGGGCAUUCUUUAUGAACGACGGAGGACUCUGAAUUCUCCAGAUUUGGUUAUUUCAGAAGAUGAUUUAAAGCAGUUUUGUUUGAUUGACAUUGACAAGUUCUUGAGAUUGAAUGGUAAAGAGUUGAGUGAGUAUGAUUGCAUGCCAAAGAUUUUGAACCCGUCUCCUGUUAUUUUUAAUAAUGUUUUGUUGGCCAAUGAAUUGUGGUAUGAUCAUGAAGAGAUGUUUGCAAAGCAUGAGGAACAUUUCAAGCUGCUAAAUAGUGACCAAUUGUCUGCAUAUGAAAAAAUUGUAAAUGUUGUUGAUAAUGAGCUAGACCAUAUGUUUUUUGUUGAUGGUUAUGGUGGAAUUGGGAAAACAUUUCUUUGGAAUGCGCUUUCUUAUCAUUUUCGCUCAGAGGGGAAGAUUGUACUUAAUGUUGCGUCAAGCAGUAUUGCAUCCUUGCUUCUUCCUAGGGGUCGUACUGCUCAUUCUCAAUUUAGUAUACCUUUGAUGUUGUUAGAAGAAUCUGGUUGCACCAUUGAAAAGGAAGGCAAUAAGGCUCAGCUGUUGACAAUGGCAAGUUUGAUAAUUUGGGACGAAGCACCAAUGAUAAGUCGUUUGGCUUUUGAGGCUUUUGAUAGAACAAUGCGUGAUAUAAUGAGUAAUGUUGUUGAUGGUGCUUCAAAUUUACCAUUUGGUGGUAAGACAGUUGUUUUGGGUGGAGAUUUUAGACAAAUUCUACCUGUCGUUCCAAAAAGAGGUCGUGCUGAUAUUGUUGAUGCAUGCAUAAAUUCUUCUAUGUUGUGGCGGCGUUGUAGGGUGUUGAAGUUGACAAAGAAUAUAAGGUUGCAGUUUCCCACAAAUGGUCAGGAUGAUGCGUCUUUGAGAUUAUUUGCUAGAUGGAUUUUGGAUGUUGGUGAUGGAAAAUUGGGCAUUGACAAUGAUGGGGAGGCAGUGAUUGAGAUUCCAGAUGAUAUUUGUCUUAAAAAUUCAGGGAAUCAUGUUGGAGAUAUUGUUGAAUCAACUUAUCCUAAUUUAUUGUCAAAUAUGAAAGAGUCCUCCUUUUUCCAAGAUCGUGCUAUUCUGGCUCCUACGUUGGAAUUGGUUGAGAAGGUUAAUGAUUACGUCCUUUCGUUGGUUCCUGGUGAAGAGAAAGAAUAUUUGAGUUGUGAUACUGUUUUGAAGUGCGAUGAAGAAGUUGGAAUAGAUCGUCGAUGA